AUGUCACGUGUGCCAUGUGGUCGAAUAUGUCAUCAGGAAAGAAUGGAAGUAACAUUACACAGUUACGCACGUGGUUCAUUUGGUUUAGUUGUACAUGAUCAAAUUUCAAAAUCAAACAUACCACAAUCAAAACGUCAACCACUUUUCAUUUCAUAUAUGGAAAAAAAUUCACCUGCUGAAAGAAGUGGAGUAUUACAAGUUGGUGAUCGUAUUAUUGCUAUUAAUAAUUGGAUUAGUAUAAAUGGUACCGCUGAAGAAGGCAAUCAAAUAUUAAGACAAGCGAUAAGUCCGUUGAAAUUAUGCGUUGAAUUUGAUGUAAUUGAAAGUGCAUUACCAUUGGAUGGUAUUUUUGAUGUAAAAUUAGCAAAACGAGGAAAUAAUCUUGGUAUUGUAGUCAGAAGUGAAGCAGAAAAUACAAAGGGUGAACCAGUGAUCAUAUCAGAUAUACAAGUUGGAAGUGUUGCUUAUCGUUGUGGUUCACUUCAUAAUGGUGAUCGUAUCAUUGCAGUUGAUGAUAUUCUCUUAGAGUCAUGCACCGUUGAAGAAGCGAUGCGUCUAUUGCAACGUUCCGGUGAUAUUGUUAAAUUACGAGUUCAUAAAAAUGUUACAUCUAAACAGAAUAAUCAUGAUGGAGUGCAAUCAUUAAUUUAUUCUAUUGAAUUAAAUCGAAAUGGUGGACCAUUAGGUAUAACAAUUGCAUCCAGUGGUGAACGUUAUGAACCUGUAUUAAUAUCAUACCUUGCACCAGGUGGAUUAGCUGAAAAGACAGGAGCAAUACAUGUUGGUGAUCGAAUUCUUGCAGUAAACAAUGAAUCAAUUGAAGGUAUGAAAGCAGCUGAUGUAAUGCAUUUAUUACAACAAUCUAACGAUCUUGUUACAAUUAAAAUUAUGCGAAUUACUAAUUUAUCAAUAAAUCAUUCUACAGGUGCUGGUGGUCAUUUAUCAAUUUCAUCACAAAUGGAUAGAAUUCGUUUGCAGCAUAAUAGAGCAAUGUGUGAUUCAUAUAGUGAAACUUCAGAAAAAAUAGGUACACCAAUUCAAAGUAUUGAUAGCGCUGUGGAAAGCUUGGAUGAUUCACCAAGUAAUAUGUCAAAAUAUCACAGUGGUACACAACGAUAUGUAAUUGAUGAACAAAUACCAAAUACUUCAUUAAAUUAUGUUGAAGAGUCGAUUGAUUAUCAACGAAUAACUUAUCCGAGUAGUAGUGCAUUUCCUUCCGGAUUAACCGUUCCGUUCAGUGGUGAAUCACGAAAAAAGCCUGGUUUAUGUUGGGUAGAGCAACAUGGACAAGGAGAAUGGGAAAAAAAUUUAAGCUUGGCUACAAAUAAAUCACUUCCAGAACGAUGUAUUUAUCAUAAAAAUACAAAUUUAGAACCGGAAAACUGGAUUGAAGUAUUAGAAGCACUUGAAACAGUUGGUGAAGCAGCAAUGCUUCAGAAAUUAGAGGAAUGCACAGGUGGAAGCGGUAAUGGAACGAUAAAAAUUCAUAGUAAUCCUUUAAUAACUAGAUGUAAUGAAUCUACUGUCGUUCAACGCUCUGAUUUACGCUUACCAUGUGGUGGUGGUGAUACUACUGCUACUACCACUGGACGACAAUUUUAUCCGUUUACAUCAUCAAUGACAAGUGCAUUAGUUCGUCCUCUGCUGUCACCUUCCGCAAACCCGAACUUCACAAAUUUCGGAACACAACAAAGCGAAUAUUCUAGCACUGAUCGAAUGGAUUCGUUAAGCCUUUCAAAUGAUUCACAAACCAGUACAUCACUUGGUGAUAUAUCAUAUCAUAUUGUACCACCAAAACCACCACUUUAUGGUACUAGUGAUAUACAGCAUGCUUUAUCAGUUUUAUCAGAACCGUCAAAUGUUAGAAAUAGUAUUUCAGGUCGUGGUUUAUCACCACGUUCAAUGCACGAAUUAUCUUGGUCAAAAAAUAUCAAACUGUCACCACCAUCUACAGCACUUGUACUUCAUGAACUUAGCAGUAAAACAUUUACAGCAACUAAAAGUGGAACAACUCAUCAAAUUCGGUUACGUAAAGAUCCAUCAACGAAUAGUUUUGGAUUUAGCGUAUCAGAUGGUAUUGGUAAUAAUGCUGGAGUUUUUAUCAAUGAAAUUUUACCAGGUGGUCCAGCAGAUAGAUGUGGCCAAAUUUUACCAUAUGAUAAAAUUUUACAGAUAAAUGAUACAUCGUUGCAGUAUUUGGAUUGUGAUUUAGUUCUUCCAUUGCUUCAAGUGGAUGAAAUUGAAAUGGUACUUUAUCGUGAAACUGAUUCAUCAACAAAUAUCAUUGAUGACGAUGAAGAAAGCUAUCGUAAUAAUAUUAAUUUAAGUUUACGCUAUUCAGCUGUAUAA